AUGCUUAAAGGAACUCCCUUCCUUUCUCUCUCUAUUUUUCUCUCUUUCUCUCUCUCCUUCUUUCUCUUUCUCUCUCUCCUUCUUUCUCUUUCUCUCUCUCCUUCUUUCUCUUUCUCUCUCUCCUUCUUUCUCUUUCUCUCUCUCCUUCUUUCUCUUUCUCUCUCUCCUUCUUUCUCUUUCUCUCUCUCCUUCUUUCUCUUUCUUUCUCUCCUUCGUUCUCUUUCUUUCUCUCCUUCGUUCUCUUUUCUCUCUCUGAAAAUAAAAAAUUUUUUCUCUCUCUCCUUCUUCUCUGUCUUUUUUUCUCUCUCUUUUUUUCUUGUUUUUUUUUUUCUUCUUUUUUUUUCUCUCUGUCUUUUUUUCUCUCUUCUUUUUUCUCUCUUUGUUUUUUUUUUUCUGUCUUUUUUUUUUUCUCUCUGUCUUUUUUCUCUCUGUCUUUUUUUCUCUCUGUCUUUUUUUUUUUUUUUUUCUCUCUUUCUUUUUUUUUUUUUCUCUCUGUCUUUUUUUUCUCUCUGUCUUUUUUCUCUUUUUUUUUUUCUCUUUUUCUUUUUUUUCUCUCUGUCUUUUUUUUUCUCUGUCUUUUUCUGUUUUUCUUUUUUUUCUCUUUUGUUUUUUUUUUUUUUUUUUUCUCUCUCUUUUUUUUUUUCUCUCUGUUUUUUUUCUCUCUCUGUUUUUUUUCUCUCUGUUUUUUUUCUCUGUCUCGAAUUUUGUCUUUUUUCUCUCUGUCUUUUUCUCUCUUUUUUUCUCUCUUUUUCUCUUUUUUUCUCUCUGUCUUUUUUUUUCUCUUUUUUCUCUGUUUUUUUCUCUCUUUUUUUCUCUCUGUCUUUUUUUCUCUCUUUCUUUUUUUUUCUCUCUUUUUUUUUCUCUCUGUCUUUUUUUUUUUUUUUUUUUUUCUCUCUGUUUUUUUUUUUUUUUUUUUUCUCUGUCUUUUUUUCUCUCUGUUUUUUUUUCUCUCUGUCUUUUUUUUCUCUGUCUUUUUUUUUCUUCUUUUUUUUUUUUUCUUUUUUGUCUUUUUUUUCUCUCUGUCUUUUUUUUCUCUCUGUCUUUUUUUUCUCUCUGUCUUUUUUUUCUCUCUGUCUUUUUUUUCUCUCUGUCUUUUUUUUCUCUCUGUCUUUUUUUUCUCUCUGUCUUUUUUUUCUCUCUGUCUUUUUUUUCUCUCUGUCUUUUUUUUCUCUCUGUCUUUUUUUUCUCUCUGUCUUUUUUUUCUCUCUGUCUUUUUUUUCUCUCUGUCUUUUUUUUCUCUCUGUCUUUUUUUUCUCUCUGUCUUUUUUUUCUCUCUUUUUUCUCUUUUUUUUUCUCUCUCUUUUUUUUUUCUCUCUGUCUUUUUUUCUCUGA